AUGAGAAGUGGCAUCAUCAUCAUCAUCAUCAUCAUCAUCAUCAUCAUCAUCAUCAUCAUCAUGGUCGUCACUAUCACCAUUGCUCCCGCCGACGCUGCGCCAAAGUCCAACAUUCUCCCCGUGGCCUCUACGCUUCACUCCGCUUCAUUUAUAAACCAUGGUAUGAAUGCCAAGAAAGCGCACGAAGUGGAGGCAUUCGGUCGCCUAUGUGCCCAAAUCUACCGCGAACAGACACUCGACCAGGUGGCUGACGUUGGCAGCGGCAAAGGUUACCUGGGCACCUACUUGUCCCUGGCGCACGGCAUCCCCGUUCUGGAGAUUGAUUCGCGUGAGGUGAAUACCCGCAGCUCCAAACGACGCCGAGCCAAUGUGCAAAAGUUC